CCUGGACAUGGCACUGGCAUGUGAAAGGCCUCUCAUCACCCUCCUCCAUCCCUGUUCUAUUGCCAAUGGAUCCCGCGCGCCAUCGUCAUUUCUGUGCUUCCCAGGCAGGCGACACGCAUUCUCAACAGCUUGGAAGUUCUUGCCCUUUGUUGAAAAGGCAGCUCAAUUAUUUUCUGGCGAAGCUAUUUCUUCAACCUGACACUACCCUACUGUUCUUACUCCGUAUUCUGUGGGAAUCGAAGAACUAUAUCACCGCCCACCAUAGUUCUCCUUAUUGCUCAUUGCCCUUGCGCUGCGCAUCACCUCAACAAAAUAGCUCAACAGAGCUCCUGUUGCUUCAUUCCUCUUUUUAUAGCGCGGAGAAUCCCUCGAAGAAUUACUCACCAAGUUUUAAACCUUUUUAGAAUACUCGAUCAACACCAUGGGCGAGGCUACUGUUAACGGCGACAUGCCUCACUCGGCUGUCCUCUCUCACCUCCAAUCCUACCCCGUAGUCUCGGAUUCGAUCAAAACGAUCAAAGAGAACCCCUACGGCGCCAAGUCCAUCGACAUCACCAACGCGGGCUACACGAAAUUCGUCAAGCCCACGCUUCCCUAUUUCCAGACUCCCGCGUCCUACGCGAAACCCUACGUGGCCAAAGCCGACGAGUUGGGCGACAAGUUCCUCAAUAAAUUCGACGAAAGAGUGCCCAUUGUCAAGUCCGAGACGAAAGAGAUCCAGGACACAUUCGUGACUUACUUGCACUGGCCGUUCGAGACGGCGAACAACACAAAGGACUGGGCGUUCAAGACGUACAAUGACGAGUACAAGAAGUGCGGUGGCGAGGGCGUUGUGGCGGGCGGCAAGGCCGUCGUGACCACCGGUCUGGUGAUGACCAGCGACGUGCUCAAGUGGAUCAGCAGCUUUUUGCAGCAGAAGAAGGAGGAGGCCAAGGAGGUUGCGCAGGACAAGACAGGGAAAUAGCGUGUCCCGGAUGAGGAUGAUUCAAAGGUCGAAUGGUACGGCAAGUACCCUUCUUGGUUGAUGGAUGGUGAGGCAAAGGCAGAGCACGAGCAGCAGGAGUUGUAGAUACCCAUGACGAUGACAAAUGGAGACAAAGUAUCGACGAAGAGGUUUUCAUGAGGACAGAGCACGAGUACCGGCAAGAAGCAAUUGUGGGUGGAUGAGCGUGUUGGUUUUGCGUUCCUUUUCGUUCACGAUGACAGGGAUUCUAGCAUAGAGCAUUGUGUUUUCCUUUUGUUUGACAUACACUUAUAAGUUAGUACCAAAGCUGCAUGACUGGCACUUGUAAUUACGCAAGCACCAUUAACAGGGCAUAAGUGAUUCGUUCUGUU